AUGUUAACCUUUCUGAGCCAAACAGCAAAACUGGUCCUGGACCAGUUGCUAAGGGUCUAGAAAUAGAAUUUAAAAUAAUUCUUAUUACUAUGGCUGAAUCUUCUCUCUCUCUCUCUCUCUCUCUCUCUCUCUCUCUCUCUCUCUCUACCCCCCUCUCAAUUCAAUUUCAAUUCAAUUUAAGGGCUUUUUUGGCAUGGGAAACAUGUUAACAUUGCCAAAGCAAGUGAAAAAUCAAUGAACAAAAGUUGAAUAAACAACUACAAUUUUCAGUAAAUAUUACACUUACAGAAGUUCCAAAAGAAUAAAGACAUGUCAAGUGUCAUUAUGUCUAUAUACUGUACAGUGUUGUAAUGCUGUAAAGUACGAAAGGGAAAAUAAAUAAACAUAAAUAUGGGUUGUAUUUACAAUGGUGCUAGUUCUAUACUGGUUGCCCUUUUCUUAUGGCAACAAGUCACAAAUCUUGCUGUUGUGAUGGCACACUGUGAUAUUUCACCCAGUAGAUAUGGGAGUUUUGUGUAUCUGUGUAAUCUGAGGGAGAUAUGUGUCUCUAAUAUGGGUCAUAUAUUUGGCAGGAGGUCAGGAAGUGCAACUCAGUUUCCACCUGAUUUUGUGGGCGAUGUGCACAUAGCCUGUCUUCAUUUGAGAGCCAAGUCUGCCUAUGACAGCCCUUCUCAAUAGCAAGGCUAUGUUCACUGAGUCUGUACAUAGUCAAAGCUUUCCUUAAGUUUGGGUCAGUCAGUGGUCAGGUAUUCUGCCACUGUGUACUCUAUGUUUAGGGCCAUGGAGCAUUCUAGUUUGCUCAGUUUUUUUGUAAAUUAUUUGACACAUUGGAAAGAAUUCUCUUUUUCUUUUCUCAUGAUUUGGUUGGGUCUAAUUGUGUUGCUGUCCUGGAGCUCUGUGGGGUCUGUUUGUGAACAGAGCCCCAGGACCAGCUUGUUUAGGGGACUCUUCUCCAGGUUCAUCUCUCUGAAGGUGAUGGCUUUGUAAUGGAAGGUUUGAGAAUCGCUUCCUUUUAGGUGGUUGUAGAAUUGAACUGCUCUUUUCUGGAUUUGAUAAUUAGAGGGUAUCGGCCUAAUUCUCCUCUGCAUAUGCAUUAUUUGGUGUUUAACGUUGAACACACAGGAUAUUUUUCCAGAAUUCAGCACACAGAGUCUCAAUUUGGUGUUUGUCCCAUUUUGUGAGUUCUUGAUUGGUGAGUGGAGGGCUAUGGCUUCUAUAACUGAUUCUCCCUCUCUCUACCCCCCUCUCUCUACCCGGAUCACCAAGCACGUCACCGUCAUCGAGCGCAAGCAGGCCACCAUCAACGUUUACAACAAGACGAUUGAGCAGCUCGUCGCCAGCACUGGGCACGAGGACCUGGGCCCAUUGGAGAUCCAGGCCAGUACUCUGACCAAGCAGUGGGAGGAGAGAUCAAGGAGCAGCAGCAGCUCUGGCUGCUAGUGAGACUGAGCCAGGAGAAACAGGCCCGGAUCGCCGCCCUGCUCACGCUGCAGGCCCAAUUCACCAUCCUACAGCAGAGGAAAGUCUGCACCGAGAGUGAGAUGCAACAGGAGCAGCGGGAGCAGGCCGAGCUGGAGAGACACAUGAAGGAGCUGAUGGCGGACAUGUUGAAGCUCAACUUCCUACUGAUUGAGAACAGGCAUCUCAACCAGGCCCUGAAGCAGGGCAAUGUCCUGAUGGAGACUGACUUCCUGCACAGACUCAAGGUCAAACUGGUGUUCAUCAGUCCCCCAGUCAAAUACGUACAGUACACAUAUUGUAUGCUUAAUAUGUGUGUCUAUGUUGCGUGUGUGUGUCCCCACCCUAACAGCAAAGCGGAGGAGUGUGAGGGCCUCAGAGAGCUGCAGCACGGCCAGGCCAGUCUGAGCAGCAGUCUGCGGGACAAACAGCUGCAGCUGGGAGAGCUCCACAGAGCCAGAACUGUCCUCACCUCAGACUUCCACUGUCUGCAGGACACCAAGGAGAGGAAACUGGCCCAUCUGGUCUCCCUCCAGGGCCGGGCCAAGCAGCUCCAAGCGGUGCAUGAGGGUCGCUACAGCGCCCUGUCCACCGGCGAAGCCUUGGAGCCUGCGUUGCAGGAGGAGCGUCUGCAUGCUGUGGCCACCAUCCUGCACCGUGUCCAGCAGGAGUUCCCCCAGCACCAAGGGGCGCUACGACGCCUCUCCCUAGCCCUGGCCGCGUGCUUGCUGACACCGCUUGGUCAGGAGACACACUGGCUAUUACAUGACUGAAAACUCCCAUCAUAGGAUCACCCACGGAGUAGAUUGGAGAUAGAGAUCCAUUAUAGUUGUAGGAUUUUACUGCUCUAUGGUGUUCUAUGUUACUCUGACUGUUAGGAUUUGGGAGCUGGACUUGGGGUGGAAGCUCUCCUCCUGGCCUUGAUUGGGCAAUUUAGGUUUUCAGAAUAUUUCAGUUUAUUUUGUUUCAGUUCAUUUUCAGUUGAUAAAAUUAAGAGUUGAUUUAAUAUAUACACGGAUACAUCCUGCCAGCGUGUGAAAAUAAUAUUGUCCAUGGAUAAACUGAAGAUACACGUACAGUAUAUAAACAUUAAAGGCAACAUUUGAUAUUCUUUCUUUACUUAAUAUCUGCAAACUAGCUAAAUCUUAAAUAUGGAAUCACUAAAGCCAGCCUGUGAAUGAUCAUAUGUCAAAUCACAGAUUACUGUACCUGUACAUAGCCCACCUAUAAUUUAGCCCAAACAACUACCUCUUUCCCAACUGUAUUUUAUUUAUUUAUUUAUUUAUUUUGCUCCUUUGCACCCCAUUAUUUUUAUUUCUACCUUGCACAUUCUUCCAUUGCAAAACUACCAUUCCAGUGUUUUACUUGCUAUAUUGUAUUUACUUUGCCACCAUGGCCUUUUUUGCCUUUACCUCCCUUCUCACCUAAUUUGCUCACAUUUUAUAUAGACUUGUUUAUACUGUAUUAUUGACUGUAUGUUUGUUUUACUCCAUGUGUAACUCUGUGUCGUUGUAUCUGUCGAACUGCUUUGCUUUAUCUUGGCCAGGUCGCAAUUGUAAAUGAGAACUUGUUCUCAACUUGCCUACCUGGUUAAAUAAAGGUGAAAUAAAUCAAAUCAAAGGCUACAUACAUGCAA